AUGAUCCGAAUACGUAUUAUCCAACAGGAGCACGUUAUUGUAGUCAAGUAUAUAUAUAGAUUGUAUGGAUUGCCGAGACCAAACCGGAAAAAAGUCCCCAUCCCCAAUGUUUUCUCCACUCCAGCGACUUGUUCAUCCAUGACUACACGUUUUGUUUACACACAGCUUCCACAUAGAACUGGCGCAGAUGCACACCACCUCCUUCGCGAUGAGAUUGCCCUCUUGAGUCGGACUACCCUCGUCAAUAUUAGUAAACCAUCUAUUGCGGUCGUCGCCGAAGCCCUUGUGCAAUUGUUGGAAGAACUUGCAAGACCGUACAAAACGAUAUCGGCGCAUCCAUUGCAUGUUUUACAUUCGGAAUUUUACGUGCUUGAGCUGCUAGCGGAAUGCUGUACAACCCACUGGGAAAGCAUCAAUGCUUCACAAAAUGCUAGCUAUCGAGAAGAUCUACUCUCUCAGGGUUACAGGUCCGACGAUAGCACAAAACCUGAAGGACGAAGGGCAUCCAGAAACAGACUUUUGGCGCGCGAUAAACCCCCAGAAGCUUUAGACGACGAUUUGGCAAAGAGAUUGUUAGAUGUGAUCAAGCUGUUCUCAAAUCCUAUACCAGAGGGCUAUGUGCUUCCGGCGUCUAACAUCCUAGACGAUGUUCUUGGGGCCCCUCCUGCUCAGAACUCUUCAGGUGUGGAUUCUUUGAACGGCACAAAUAACCAACAAAAUGGAAUCGAGGCUACAAUAUUGAUACAAGAACAUUCGGAAUCCACAGAGGCAUGCAUAAGGAAAGUUGUGGAGUUUGUUUCCUUCUCCAAUUGGCCGCGGACUUUGGAGUAUUUGCGCGGCUCCCUCCGUGGACUACUUGCGGCCCAAUCCUCAAAUGGAAACCAAGCGCAAAACGGUUCCAUAGUCGACGAUGAGGCACUUGUCACUGUGCGCUUGAUUCCGUCGUUUUGGGUCGAUAGUCGAAAACUAGGAGUUGUCAUACAAGAACUGUGCGGCAGCUUCUUGCACCUCCGCAAGGCCUUUCAGACUAUAGUGGCAGUAGUCGUACCUCAGUUAAUCACCCGAUGGCUGGAGCGAAACCCUGAGGAAUUCAUUGAACUACACACAAUGCACAAAAGGUUAGACGGUGGAGCGGAAACUCUCUUUGAUAUGACGAAUAGCAUGAUAGAUGCGGGAAGACGAAAAACAUUAUUAUUUCCAUUUCAAACGUCUUUGUUAUUCCUUCUCCCAGACGUUUUUGAAGUCGCUAGCAACAUGAGAGAUAUCAAAAGUAGCAGUAUCUCUAAGAAGGUAUCGUUUUUGGAGAUGCUGAGGAAGACUUUGAGAAACAGGAAUGAAGCAGCCAUUUAUUGUUUGACGUCUGUUUUGCGAGUUGCAAGACAUUUUCCCCUCGAUAGUGAUUCAGCACUUCUGAGCUAUGCCUUAGAUGUCCAGGAAGAAGUGCGUGAAGCAGUAUUCAGGAGAUAUACCGUGGGUGCAGAAAACACAACCAUAGACUCUGGGUUAAUGACAGCAGCAUUUGUCAGCUUGGCGCAUCUAAAUUUUAAAACUUGCGUUGAUAAUCUUGCACCGUUCUGUCUUGCUCCCAAUACAUCUCCAGAUUUCAAACUUGCUGCAAUAAGAGCAUGCACGCACUUCGCCAAGCAAUCUAAUGUUAAUGACUACAAGCCGUUGUUUGCUAAGAUGUCUGAAUUCAUUCGCACUUACAUGAAGAAGGGAACAACGCUGAGAUUCAGAGACUCCUACCCAAUCGAACAUCUGACCAUGAAUAGACAAACGAAAUUUGCAUUGUCCGGAGAAGUGGUAUACAGCAUGUUAAUAUUCUUGCACGCAUAUCCUAUGGCUAUGUUUGUUGGCCUCGACAUGGGCUCACCGACUGCUGACACCAUUUUUGAGGACAUCUAUGCUGCCUUUUUGGCUUUUUUGACCUCCGAAGAUGAGAAAAUUAGAAUUUUGACAAGUGAGGUCUGCCGCGAUUCACUGUCUGCAGCAACAAUGUAUGCCUGGCGAAAGCAUGAUUUUCAAUUCACGAAUAUCGCGAAGUUUAACUUCUGGGAAUCAACCUCCGUCAUACUCAGCUCAGUUUCAAGCAAAAUCAUAAACCAAACUAUUGAUGAACACAAUGCUCUUGCCUUCGUGCAUAGCUAUUUGCAAGGAAGACUCGAUUUAUUGAAAAAGAUCAAAGACUUGACUGAGCUGGAAGAAGAUGUUUCGGAACGGUUAGCAGCAUAUUCUAUGAUGGAAACAUCAUUUUUAGUUACACUCUGCUCGCCUGAUAUAGCAGUUUGCCAGCUGGUCGCGUCAAGCAUCUCUCUAUUCGCAGAAGAGAUUCGUCUUGUUGAAUCCGCACCGGACUUCAACAAGCUAUCAUUGGCAAGUGCGCGUAAUAUGGAAGUUUACCAAGAGCUUUCUUCAAAAGACUUUAGAUUUACAGGUAUAGUUGCUUUUCAGAAGCGAGCGAGAGGUCUUUUGCGUCAAAUGCAACAUCCUACUGCCGGCAUCAUCAACGCAUGGGAGACUAUCUUUGAUCGAUGGGUUAGAUUAUCCAAGCAACUUAUCGCGCGCUCUGAGGUUCUCGAUGAAAAAUCUUUGGGAGAGUGGCGCAAUUGUUCUGGAUUCCUUGCUUCUCUUGGUGGCAUUUGUAUCGCAGGCCGAUCUCUUCUUUCCACCCCUGACGAUCAGGCACUUGCCAGUUUGCGAUGGAUCGAUAAAGUAACUGCGGAAAGCUACGAUGAAACCUUGCUCAAUCGAUAUAUGCGGCAGAGUGUUCAAUUAUUAGCUAGCAACAGCUUCAGGAUACGUGAAGGCACCAGAGACGCCCUCUCUAGUGAUCUUGCCAAACCAUUACACAUGCCUCUGUUUGAGGCUCUCCAAACAGAACUGGAUGUUUUAUUCGAUAGUCCGCGGAGCAACGCAAUCCCUGUCGAAUCUCGGAUCGUUUUUGCAGAACAGGCAGCGUCUCUACUAAAGAGUAUCGUUGAGAAGCUCGGAAGCCCAGCUGAAUUAGGUACAGGAAUGCCAGUUGAUAUUGGUGCCUUGGCACUCAAUUUUGCGAAGUUCCUGAAUGGUUCAGCAGAAGGGGCAAGCGCGUUGAGGGUCAAAAUUAAGAUAUGUCAGUUAUGUGAAACUCUCACGCAGAAGAAAGAGCUCUUGAAUUUAAGGCACGACGUGCGUAUUCGUAAUCAGCUUUUGGAAGUGAUUUUUGGAUGGAUCGCGCGCCCAGGAACCCCAAAUGCCGAUACUGGUAUUCAUCUAGUAGGAAAUCGCCUUGAUGAGCUUGUUCGCCUCCAGAAAGAUCUUGACAGAGCUUCUUUGAAGGCGCUAGCAGAAUUGACAUAUCGUCUUCCCCUGCAACCAGCCGAAGGCCAAUCCGAUGCAGAUACAAGCGACUUGAAGUCACAGAUGUUCCAUACAUAUUUCAACAGGUUUUUAUCGCUCCUCAAUCACGAAUCGGCAGAAAUCGGUAGGAAUGAGGUGCGGCUCACAUCUGCUGUGAGUGAUGAUUCUAUGAGUAGUCCAGAACUUGCAAUAUCUGCACUUUCUAAUCUUUUGAGCGCCAAUAUCGAUGUUGGCCUCAAACACUCCUUGGGUAUUGGCUAUCAUGAAGAUCUUGAGGUUAGAACAGCUUUCGUCAAAGUUCUUUGCAACAUUUUGAUUCAGGGUACCGAAUUCAACAAUUUGUCUGAUGCAGCCGUGAAUCAAAAGUAUGAUGAACUUCUUGAACUACUUGUUAAUGACAUGACACUUACAAUUGCACUUUGCGAUGCAUGCCCGAAAAAUGAGGCUGAACUUUUGAGAAGAAAUUGUGUUGCCACCAAGCUUCUGUCAGUCUAUGCAAAAUGGAAGGGCGCUGCGUAUCUGAAAGCGACGCUACAGAAAGUCUUAGAGCGUCUAGUUCUUACUUCAAAAGACCUGGAUCUUGAACUUGAUCCUGCUAGAACAACUUCCCCGGAGGAAUUGCAGAAAAAUGCUCUUCAGCUUCGUGUAGUGACAAAAGUCUUCAUCGAUGAUAUAUGUAACUCUGCAUCGCGUAUUCCGGUGUCUUUCCGAAAAAUCUGCAACAUUAUCUCUUCUUGCGUGAUGAGAAGGUUUCCGGAUGCAAAAUUUACUGCCGUCGGUGCCUUUAUAUUCCUACGAUUUUUUUGCCCAGCGAUUGUCGCCCCUGAUGCAGAAGGCUUGAUAGCGUCCCCACCAUCGAAAGAAAUGCGCCGGGGUCUUCUCCUUAUUGCAAAAGUAGUCCAAAAUUUAGCCAACAACGUCCUUUUCGGGGCAAAGGAGCCUUACAUGUAUCCUCUAAACGAUUUCUUGACACAAAAUAUAUACCGUGUAACGACAUUCUUGCGGGAGAUAUCAGCACCUCCCAAUGUUAGGGAAACACUUGCUGAGUCCGAGUCUUUCGAUUUUGGCUCUUGCGUAGCUUUGCAUCGGUUUUUGUAUGAUCACUGGGACCAUGUUCGACAAAAGCUUGUUCUUCGUGAACGACAACUCUCUGUGAGAUCUCCUAUUGAUGGUGCCAAGAGUCAUACUCCAGUUUUGGAUGCCCUUCGAACGCUCAUCUCUAAUCUCGGACCACCACCAAUGGAUGUGUCCUGGAAUAGGCCAGCGAUUUCACAAAAUACACCACCGUCGUAUUCACGCUUCCAACACUUCAUGCUUAGAAAUGCUGGUCGAAGUUCAGAAGCUGUAGUAUCAAAUAGGGCCGUAUAUGAUGGUGGUGAAAGCAAGAUCGCAAGCCGCAUGUGGCAUAAACCAUUUGGUAUCUUGAUCGAUGCAACCUGUUAUAAUGGUCAAAACGAGCCUCAGGAUGCACUUUUUCGAAGGCUUGAUUUGCUUACGCCAACAGAGCUCUCAAAGCAACUAUCUAGGGUAUAUGUCUACAACAUGAAUAGUGCAUUUAGGAAAUGUUUUCGACGCAUUCUCCGGCUAUCUGCAAAGAGCGAAAAUAGCGCCUUCCAUCCGAAGAACGUUGACUAUCACCUGAUUGGUAGUCUUCAAGACUUACAAUCUCAUUUCCAUCUUACACAGCUUCAUCUACCUAAAGAGACUAUAAGCGUUGUCACAGACACGAGAUACGUCUUCCAGCCAAUCAUAAGAUUGUCUAAAACGAAAGGCAAGGUAGAAGUGAUAAUCAAAAUAGGUAAUCAAUUUGUUCAGGUGACAACAACGAAGAAACAAGAAGUUGUUCCAGGCCUUAGACUGCAUGCUACAGUCAACGAUAUUUUCCGCUUAGCAGAGGUCGAUGAGGCACCCACCUCAAUACAGACCGAGGAUGACUCUGCAUUUGGUUUACGGACUGACAACGGCAAGAUUGUAAUGUACUUCACUAGUCCGAGAAAGAGCGAUAUUUUACAAGCUAUUCGCAGUGCUAAGACUAAGCAUGGAAAAGAAUUGAGGACCUUGAAGUCAAUUGAGAGAUUGGUCAGACCGCAAGAUGUACCAGGAACACUCCUCAAUAUUGCCCUCACUAACAUGGCGAGCCCUAACGCGGUUCUGCGGCUUGCAUCCUACAACUUGUUGUGUGCUCUCUGUCGAGCGUUUAAGUUCGCAGCUGAUUCUAAAUUCAUGAGUACAAAGGAAUUAUGUGUUCCUUUGAACCCAUCACAAUUUAUUGUUGAAAUCAGUGCGCAAUUGGCUCGCUCAGAGCCUCAGCUCACAGGAGACUUUCUCAAUGAAUUUUUCGUUGGAUGGGAAAGUUUCCCAUACUCGCAGAGACCUUUAAGCUUAGCGUAUAUGGCGCCUUGGCUACCAAGUUUGAGAACUCAUCUAAUACCCAAUGAAGCUGAUGGCGAUAAGGGAAGAGACAAAGUCGCUGUUAUCUUCAGAAAGCUUAUUGAAGUCGCCAUAUCCGACGUUGUUCUUAGCAUUACCCUGGAACAAAGCAUCUGGCCAGCAAUUUGCAAGGACGAAGUGUAUAUGGAUAUAUUCCUAGAGGAGAUUCUCAAACCAGCUCUUAAUUUUGGUAUCGAUGAUGAACGGACAGAGAUUCUGGGUUCCAUUCUUGCCUCACUCGACACAAUUACGAUACGUGGAAAACUAAUCUCAAGGCUUCGAAAGGCUCUCAAUCGUACCUCACUCCGACCAACAAGGCAUCUUCAUGAAAACACAGUUUGGGGUGAGAUUUGUGUUCUUUUAAGACUCACCUUGUCUGUUUCGUUCGAUAGCGGUGUCCAGUCGCAAUUGUAUCUCCCUGAAGUCUUCCAUCUUGUCACCAUGCUGGCUAAUACAGGCUCGUCCGACUUGAGAUUAAUUGUUCAUCGCUUACUUGUCAAUACUAUCCAUGCUAUGUGCACCACAUUUGUGUUGGAAGAAAGCAAGCUUGCUCGAUUAAAGGUUAUGCUAUCGUCAAUAUCGGAGCCUCGUCAAGAGUCUCCGUUCAGCAUACUUUCAAGAGACGGUGCUUCUCUUCCUUCAUCACAAGACUCGGGUCCCUCAGCAUUAUUAGCCACGGAGUCUCUUGCUGGCCUUCUCUCCGAUAUAAGUAUCGUAGCGGCUCCAACAGUUGAUUUGUCAAACGCAUGGCGUGCCAGGUGGAUGAGUUUGGUGGCAAGCACUGCUUUCCAGAGUAAUCCAGCCAUACAACCCAGGGCGUUUACUGUUAUGGGCUGUUUGGCUCGGGAAGAUGUCGAUGACGACCUACUUUAUCAAGUGCUGGUAGCACUUAGAAGCAGCAUCGGUCGAUAUAUGGAAGAUAGCGACAGUGAAAUGAUGGUUGCUAUAGUCACAGCUCUCACCAAGAUGAUGGAUAAACUACCCUCGGCAUCACGUUAUGGAACCCAACUAUUCUGGCUUGCGUUAUCCCUUGUGCGCUUGGUACCAAUUGGACUUUUCAAUUGCGCGGCGAUGUUUCUAGAUGCCGUCCUACUCAACAUUGGAGCUUCCGGUGAACUCAGCAAUGGGCGCAUGAUCUCGACAUUAUUGCAAGGCAGAGCGCCACUUGAUGAAGCGGCAAUACAACUGGAUGAAAUAUAUGGGAUUCAUUUCACUGCAGAAAACUUCCAUUUCGCAGUUUCUGCUUGCAUGGUAAAAGGUAUGACGGAUUCAUUAACGAGAUCUACUGCUAUGCGUGUAAUAUCAACAUUCCUCGACACGACCAUCACUAAUGCGCCUGAUGGAAUCUCGUUUCCACGAGAUAUUAGUUGCAUACCAUAUCUUGGUCUUCUAUUGGCCCGAGCGCUCAAUCCAGAAGAUGCAGGGCAUAGUUUAUGGCUUGCUACUGCUACUCAGGGAGAAAACACCCCAUAUUCAGAGUCAGAUAUGGACAGUAUAGCACAAAUUGCGGGUCUCAACGAGAGAGAAUUGCUCCUUACUUGCGCCAUUGGUUUAGUCGACUUUCACUAUUUAGAUGAUAUCAUUCAAAAUCGCGCAUUGCAAUGGCUCAAUAAGCUUGCCAUAUCAUCAUCAAACGUCAUGCUACGCCUCUCCGGCCCAAUCACGAACAUACUAGAUGAUGUUCUUAUAUCUUGCCAGAAUUCGACAACGCUCGAAUCUGCACAUCAAUUGUUACGUACCAUUACCUCAAAUCCUCAGUUCUCAGCCGCGAUGGAGAACACCGAUGCGUUGGAUAGAGUAUUGAGUAGCAUAGGCUUUGGAGGUUUGUGGAAGAAUUCGACCUACCAAGGCCAUCAUGAGGUCGCUAGAGAGUGUACUGCUUUGACUGAUAAGCUUAUCGAGCUUAUCAUUGCAUAA